AUGGCACCCGGGUAUGAUGUAGAUGACGACGCUGCCCACCUUCUCGUCGCCGGGAACGGCAACGCGGCGAAGUCUAUUCCCACAGGGACCGUCGACGACGAGCUGUUCGCAAAGGUCUUACCACGGGUAGACAACGGGGCCAUUCACGCAGCACGGCUUGCGUUUGGUGACGAAUCCGAAGAUGAGAGCGAGGACGAGGUCCGUCGACCCCAGCGAGGCCGUUCUCUGUCCGAGUCUAGCAUCAUGGUGGGAGCUGUCGGAAGCCACUCCGAAAGGGAUACGGCCAUACCAGUAGAGGCCAGGGAAGCUUCCCGCCCGGGAAGAGACAGCAUGGAGUUUAACCCUCCCGCCCGUCCUUUGUCUCGGGGCGACUUGAUGCCCCCCGAUUUCUCCCAUUCAAGGCCCGAUAGGGAUAUCGUCGCCGUUCCUGCUCGAGGCUCAUCUCGCCCCGAUCGAGGCAGCAUUGAUAGCAGCGGUCGGAUCGCGUCUCGUCGAGAUUAUAACAUUCCUCAACGGCCCCCUCGCGCCGAAGACAUUGAGGCCGCAAGAAGAAUUCUGGCGCAGGCUGGAGAGGGCGACUAUUACUCAUCCAAAUCUCCCCGAGGGGCGGCUCACUCCUCUCCGCGAGCUGCUCGCUCAGCAACACCUCCGCCCAUCGGCCGACCCCACAGGAGAAUCAUCUACGACGAAUCUGACGAGGAGGACGACGGAGACUUCAGCGACCGUAACUAUCACGACGAAAUUCGGGACGAGGUGCGCGAUGCUAUAGUGGCAACCCCAGUUACCGCCAUCCACUUGCCGAUAGAAGACAGGUCUAGAGAUUCAUCCAGACCACCGGCAUCGCACCACCGGCACAGCCGCAGCAGCAGACCCGUAACCUCGAGGCAGUCGUCUCGUCAAUCUUCCCAGCCACCACCCGUUUCGCGCGCCGGCGCAUCUCUCGCGGCCCACAAGCGAGAGCUGCGGACACCUGUUCUCGAUCAGCAUCGCUUGUACCAGGAUGCGGAGCCACCACCAAUUAGCCAGAGACGUCCCGAUCCCCCACGCUCACGCCGCACGACAUACAAACUGUACAACAUGGACGACGAUCAGGAUCAAGACUACAGCGUAAAGAAUGGGCUGGCGGCGAGGCUCACGCCGGAUUACAGACCAGAGACGGGCGACAGGCGGGCCAUGAGCGACGAUUCAAUCUCCAUUUCGCGACAGUCCACAUCCAAGCAUAGCGUCACCAGCAAUGGCUCCGGAUCGAACCGCACCGUCGAUUUCUUUGGGCCUGGAAUCUUCCAAGUUGUUUUACACAACCCAACAACUUCCCACCAGCUGCUGAAGUUCGCCGAAGCUAGAUUCUGCAGCGAAAGUGUCGAGUUUCUCAAAAAGGUCGAGCAGUACCACACGACCCUGAAUGAUCUUGCGGGUAUCAUGACAUCAAUCCAUAAGGACUUCCUCUCCGAGAGCUCGUCGAAACAGAUCAACGUCAAUGGCGAAAUGAGGAAGCAGGUUCACGUCGACAUGAAGGCACUCAUGACCAAGACGCUCCCGUCGAUGGAAUCUUUGUUCUCUGAUCUUCAGGAGAGUGUCGAGCAAGAUGUUUUCUUGGAUAUUUAUCCCCGUUUCGUGCGCUAUCAAAUGGCGCUCAAUGCAACAAGGGCUUUGGCUACAAACCGACACACAUACCAGGGACUCGGCGACUGCUUUUGUUUGACAAACCCGUCAAUUGCGGACAACCCGAUCUUAUUUGCCUCGGACGGCUUUGUCAAAGUCACAGGUUAUACGCGCCCCGAAAUCAUUCCACGAAACUGCAGAUUCCUCCAAGGAGCACACACCGAUCGGGUCCCAAUUCGUCGCCUGAAGAAUGCUAUCGAUGAGCGGAAGGAAUCUGUCGAACUCAUUUUGAACUACAAGAAAAAUGGAGAUCCUUUCUGGAAUCUGCUCUACGUCGCUCCCCUCUACAAUGAAGCAGGCAAGCUAGCUUUCUUCAUUGGUGGCCAGAUCAACUGCUCCACAACCAUCCAUAGCAACGUGGAUGUUAUGAGAGUACUCUCAACCUCGACCAAUGACGAUACCCAAGACGAAACUAAAGCGAACGCACCGCCCAUCCACCGGGCCAGCUCGAUGCCCUCCGCACGUAAAGCAUUCCUCAAAGCCCUGGGCGUACGUGUGGACAGCAACAACGCGCCGACUACGGUCACUGCCGAAGCAGGAAUGGAAAACAAGCUUCUGCACCGCAUGGAGGGUCAAAGUCUGAAUGCGCAGAUGAAGGAGUUUUACACUGCGUACUCAAAGUACUUGGUUUUGAGCUACGAUUCCUUCAUCAUCAGGUUCUAUUCUGAGGGCGUGAUGGAGAUGCUUCACCCCGCAAACAACACCAUCGGCCUGGUCACCGGCCAGGAAAUCUUCCGCUUCUUUAAGCAAAACAUGGUAAACCACCAAUCGGACUACAAGGCCCGCGUGCGCAGCGCCAUUCGUUCCGGCUCGCCAAUCUCGAUGGAGAUUCGGCUGCAGACCCGACGCAGUGCUCUCUUCCGGGGAGACGAAAAGUUUAUUACGCACUGGACGCCGUUGAAGGAUGAUAAGUCUGCCGUGCACUACGUCGUUCUUACAAUGGCGCCGGCGAUUCAGUGA